AUGUCUGUGGAGGGCCAACGGUGCCUGUGUGUUGUGGUGCUGCUCAUACACACCGUCACGGGCGCUGGAGAGGGUCCUUCAUCACCAACGCCCCCCACAUCAUCGGUGAAGCCGGAUCAGAACGAGCUGACAGUCACCUUUCCCCCCCUCGAGGAUCUGUACAGCAAUACUCCUGAGAAGCACUUCGGAACUGAGAACAAUACUGUGGUGACGUCACAAACAGGAUCCACUGCGUUACUGCCGUGUGUUAUCAGGAAUAUUGGAGAUGGAAUUGUAUCGUGGAUAAGAAGAAAAGAUUACCACCUCCUCACAGUCGGUCUGACAACGUACAGUUCAGACCAGAGGUUUCAAGCCAUUCAUUUGCAGCAUUCAGAGGACUGGACGUUGAAAGUGAGGUUCGUUCAGAAACGGGACGCGGGCAUCUAUGAGUGUCAAGUAUCCUCCCAUCCCCCGACCAGCAUCUUUUUAAGACUUGACGUAGUGGAGGCAAGAGCGCAGAUAUCAGGGCCUACAGAGAAGUACCUCAAACCAGGGUCUACAUUACGGUUGCAGUGUUCUGUCGUACAGACUACGGAAGCACCAGCUUUUGUGUUCUGGUACCACAACAGCAGAAUGAUCAACUAUGACGUGGAGCGAGGGAUCAAUGUCACCACGGAUCCGGUACAGCGGCUGUCUGACCUGCUGAUUCCGGCAGCCAGUGUGUCUCAUGCUGGCAACUACACUUGCGUGCCAAAUAACGCCGUUCCUGCUAGUAUAUACGUCCAUAUAUUCAAUGGUGAAAAUCCCGCAGCAAUGCAGUCAUCUUCACCAAGUUUCAUCAAUCGUCUACACAGCUUCUUAUUACCAACCCUCAUUAGUUUAAACCUGAUACGGUGACAAUUUCACCAGCUGAACAACUGAAAAUGUACUCUAAAUGUAAUAGCGCAUGGUCUAUUUUUGCAUGGAGUGUCUCCUCUGCGGUGUCGAAUAAAUUCGAAAGGUUAUUACAAGUAACUGGAGGCGUUGAGUGUACACGUGUUUUUACUUUACCAAGUCUGUAUUUACUGAGGAC